AGUAUCCCUGACUAUGGGCUUUGGAGGCGGGUUCUCCGGGGAUAUUGUCUUUGGAGUUGAACCUUGUUCUACAAACGCUCUCCCCAGUGCAUGCUCGCCAACAGCGACACCGCGAAGCCCUAAAGGGAAGGCUUGCUUUAUUUGACUUUCCCUUCUCAUUCGACGACAGCUUUCCAAGACUGCUAUGACGUCUCGCAGGUGGUUCCACCCCAACAUCACCGGAAUCGAGGCAGAGCAGCUCCUCUUGACCCGGGGGGUCCAUGGCAGUUUCCUAGCCCGGCCGAGCAAGAGCAACCCAGGAGAUUUUACUCUCUCUAUCAGGCGGAACAUUGAGGUCACCCACAUUAAGAUCCAGAAUUCAGGGGACUACUACGACCUGUAUGGAGGGGAGAAGUUUGCCACGCUGGCAGAGCUGGUGCAGUACUACACAGAGCAGCACAACCUUCUCAGAGAGAGGAACGGAGACGUCAUCGAGCUCAAGUACCCACUCAACUGUAAGGACCCAACCUCCGAGAGGUGGUACCACGGGCACCUCUCUGGGCGCGACGCUGAGAAGCUGCUCAUGGACAAGGGCAAGCCUGGCAGUUUCCUGGUACGGGAGAGCCAGAGCAAACCAGGUGACUUUGUGCUCUCUGUCCUCACCAACGAGGAGAAGCACGAGAACGUAGACCGCAAGACCAAGGUCACCCAUGUCAUGAUUCGCUACCAGCAGGAUGGGAAGUAUGACGUAGGUGGAGGAGAGAGGUUUGACACGCUGGCUGACCUGGUGGAUCACUACAAGAAGAACCCCAUGGUGGAGAAGAGUGGAAUUGUUGUUCACCUCAAACAGCCGUUCAAUGCCACCAGGAUAAAUGCAGCCAACAUUGAGAACAGGGUGAAGGAACUAAACAAAGUGGCAGACAACUCAGAGAAGCCCAAACAGGGAUUCUGGGAAGAGUUUGAGGUGCUACAGCAGCAGGAGUGUAAGCUCCUCUACCCCAGGAAAGAAGGGCAGAGAGCAGAGAACAAGAGUAAAAACAGAUACAAGAACAUCCUCCCUUUUGACACCACACGGGUGGAGAUCAGGGAAGCAGACACAGAUGUGCCUGGCUCCGACUACAUCAACGCCAACUACAUCAGAGUGAGUUCUGGAAGUAGUAUGCAUGAAGAGGGCCGCCACGUGGAGGAGGGCAAGGUGUUCAUCGCCACCCAGGGCUGCCUUCAGAACACGGUGGUGGACUUCUGGAAGAUGGUCUACCAGGAAAACACACAUGUCAUUGUCAUGACCACCAAGGAGAUGGAGAGAGGACGGAACAAGUGUGUGCGUUACUGGCCUGACCUCAACGCCACUAAGGAGUUUGGAAAAGUGAGUGUGAAGAACGUGGAGGAGUGUCCGGCUCAGGACUACAUCCUAAGGGAAUUGGAGGUGACGCGUUUGGACAGGAGGGAGCUGGUGCGGUACAUCUGGCACUACCAGUAUCUGAGCUGGCCUGACCAUGGCGUGCCCAACGAGCCUAGGGGAGUGCUCAGCUUCCUGGAGCAGGUCAACCGCACACAGAGCGCCAUUCCAGACACCGGACCAAUUGUGGUCCACUGCAGUGCAGGAAUUGGGAGAACAGGCACCAUAAUUGUCAUUGACAUUCUCAUUGACAUCAUCAACAGACAAGGAUUAGACUGUGACAUCGACAUUCCUAAGACCAUCCAGAGGGUUCGUCAGCAGCGGUCAGGCAUGGUGCAGACGGAGGCCCAGUAUAAGUUCAUCUACAUGGCCGUCCAGCAGUACAUUGACACAGCACAAAAGAGACUGGAGGAGGAGCAGAGGAACAAAACAAAGGAGAGGGAGUACUCCAAUAUCGAAUACCCCCAGAUGACCAACGCCCGGUCAAAACCCAACAUGACCUGUGUGUCACGCUCCUCCUCUGUUGUGACGGAUGACAACCCGUCCAACGUGUAUGAGAACUUAAACAUCAAGAACCCAAAGACCUCCGGGAGCAGCAGUAAAACCAGGAGGUGAAGUCCAGCCACGGACCUCUGCCUCUCUCAACCUCUCUUUUCAACAGAGGUGCCUCUUCGCCAGCGCCUGAUUCAUGGGGGACCUGUGGAGCUCUGGCCCCAAACCCCCUGGCGGUGGACCCUACCUGGGGUGAAGGUGGAGGUCCUGACACCUCCUAGUCUCUCCCCUUCUGCUGCCCUGCUGGCUGUCUGGAGCAUCCCCCCUCCACGGAGAGAGGGGUGUAAGUGCAGGGCUCUUGUCCUUCUAUCUUCAUCCCCCAUCCUCUAUCUCUCUCUCUCUAUGACCUCCACAUGACUUCAUGUCUCUUCUACAGGCUCUACCGUUUACUGACAGUGCCUUGUCUACAGACAUGUCUGUAACCCCCUUCCUCCUCCCACAGUAGUUCCAUCUCACCACCCAAACCCCCUAUCUAUCAACCAUCCCACCAGCCCAACAAAUGUCCUUUGCUUAUUUCUGUUGACUCAAACUAAAUCAAGAAAAGAAACAAACCAUUGUGUACUCUUGUGCGAUAUCAAUGUUUAAGUGAUGCUUUUCUCUGUCGUGUUCUGUCGUGAGGUGGAUGGGACAAGAAAGAUUGAGAAGAUUUCUCUUCUCACUCUCAGAAUUUGCUCCUCUCUCUCUCUCUCUCUCUCUCUCUCUCUCUCUCUCUCUCUCUCUCUCUCUCUCUCUCUGCUGGCUCUCAUCUACUUGAAUCAAAGACUUCAGCAAUGUUCUAUUCUUGCUAGCAGCAGUCAUUACUGCAGUGUUGAGCGAUUUUACCACGUGAGGCACUGGCGCAGACAAGCUUACUCAACCCUCUCUCAUACCUUCAUUUUGAAAGUCGAGGAAAGUCAGGGUAUUCGCAAUGGCUCUUUGUCAGUGAGUUGGGGUAAAAAAAAAGAAAUACCCCAACUCACUGACAAAGGAAUUUUCCAUUUGCCACAAAGAUAUUUUCCAUUUCUGUACAGGGAAGUAUUUCUUCAAUAUAAUUUGAGAUGUACUUGUUUGUCCCACCUGUCCCACCGAUGAUUUCUUGUGCCAAUAGAAGACGUGCAUGCUCAUCUACUUUAGGGAUUCCACCAUUACAGUUGCUGAGCGCCUAUUCAGUCAAUAUUAACAAACUCCUCUCCAGACUUACUCAUGAAAGGUUUCUAUUUAUUUAGUUUGAAUCUGUGUCCUUUCAAUGGAUUCUCGUUUAUUUUAUUGUUAUUAUUGGUGUGAUUUUGUAAUGAAAAAGCAGUGCGGUAUUGCCUCCAAAGGAAGAAAGAUCCAAUUCCAUAGUUAUGAAUUGAAAAAAAAGCAAAAUUUUCUGUCCUGCACUUGCUCUGCAGAUCCUGGUUUAUAUGCGGGAAAUUAACAUAGUUUGAGGUCAACGUUGGCCUCAGAGAAAGUCUACAAAGGUUUUCAUCCUAAUCGAAUGGCAUAAUAAACCGGGUUAAACAUCUGCCAAGCGAGAGAUAGGAGAAGAUGGGAGAGGACAGGAGAGGAGUCAGGAUGCUAGCCUGGCUCACUGACGUGGGCUGCUAUCGCUGAAGUCUUUAGCCAAACAUUACUGGGCCAGAUGGCCUACAGCCCAAGAAUAAAUAAUAGAUUUAUCUCCAAAAAGCAAUCUACAGAAUGGCUAUAAUCCAGGCUUGACGAUGGUUGGAGUAAAAACCGACGUUACUGAUGUCUUAAAGAGGGAGGCGCCGCACAGCAAAGAGCCUUCAGUAAUAUAUUUUUAAAUAUACAUGUACAUCAUGGGCAGUGGCUUCUUUCUGACAGACGUCAUGCUAACUAUUCUUAGCAUUUUGCAUAAAAAUCUAAUGUUGAAGGUGUUCACACUGGAUUUAGCCAGCGGCACAUUGAUGUCAUCCUUUUGAACAAGCCGGUUGUUUGGCUGCAUAGAGGUUGUGUUACCUGCUGUGUGAGUCGGGCUGUACUUGUACAUGGUUCAGGCCUUUUUAACUAAGGCUUGGCAGCACAUCUGAGGGCCGCAUUUGCUACAUCGUCUCUUGCUCGUCCACCAAUGCAGUAACUUUCAGUAAUACUGAAAGUAUGGAUUUUCAGUAUUUCCCUUUUAGCCGAAAUGUCUGUAUUUCAGAAAGCUAAAUCAGUCCUAGUAGGAUAUGUCAUUCUCAAUAUUGUAUUCAUGCUACAUUGAGCUCCAAAACUAUUGGGACAGUGUCACACUAUUUGUUGUUUUGGCUCUCUACACCAGCACUUUUAACCAUGAUUACGGAUAGUCCUGAAUGAAUCGUGAAUAAUGAUAAGUGAGAAAGUUAGACACACAAAUAUCAUAAUCCCCCAGAAUGCUAUC